UCUAAUACUCCAAUACCUAGUUCCUCUAUAUCAACUUAUAUUCUCCAUUUACAAUCUAGCUUCUUCAAAUAUGAAGCCUUUGGCGCUGUUUUGUAUCCCACUACUAGCAACCACAGCAUCCGCCCAAUACGUCGUCGCCUUACCAUAUGGUAUACGACCCAAAAUGACCGCGCAGAAGCCCCUCAUGGAUAUCGGCCCCGUCAUGCCACCGUCGCAACAACCUGGCGGCUCCGAACAGCCACCUCCUCAAGGAGGAGUUCUUAUCUCUGAUGUCAUGGGUCGAGACCGUAGCAUUAACAUAUUCGCUGGGUUUACCCGCGACAUCGCCUCUGUAUCAUCCCGUCUUGACGACUCGUCAAAAAACAGCACGGUCCUCGCCCCACGGAAUUCAGCCGUCGAGAAGCUCCCGCGCAAGCCCUGGGAAGACCCUAAGGACUAUGACUCGCUGGGCGCGAACGCGUACGAAGGUGAAGACGGGCAAGACAGGGCUCACAUGAAUCUGAAGAGGUUUGUAAAGGCGCAUGUGGUUUCUGUUAGUCCUUGGCAGGAGGGAGAGAAGGUCAAGACAUUACUUGACGGAGAUAGAGAAAUAUGGUGGGAGAUGAAGGAUGGUGUUAGAGUGAUCCAACCUGACGGGAUCCAAGUGGAUAGCAUCGCGAGCCGAGUUGGGAACGGCGAACUAUGGAUUUUGAACGGAGUACGAAAUUAUGUAUAAUCUUAAACGUCUACAAUGUGGUGUGAUACGUUACUUGGAACUCUAUUAUCAGACUGGAUGAGCGACGAGUAUAUUAUUAAUGGUCUUGCUAUGUAUUAUGUUGGGAUGACUUUAUCGUUGAAUGGAGUAUAGGAGGAUACGACUACUGGCAUGGACGAUCUUUAAAAUCUAAUAUUCGGGCUCUUAUUAAACUUGCGACUUGGAUGUAGGGCGAUAUGUUAGAAUCUAAGUUGGUUGAAUACCUCAGGUAGUUGAUAUCGUACCUAAGGUAAGGAAGCAUAACGGACAAGGCCAUGAAUGUAGUAUUAGGUAGUCGUAGAUUCUCGAGAGUUGGUGUAUGAUGAAUCAAGGGUUGAGACAAUAGAGGUUAAAGAGACUUUAGGACGUAUACAAUUAGUAGAUCUAGACCUAUUGUACUUACAGAAACAAAUCAUGUUAUGAAUUUGAGGUGACGAAUAGGUAUUUUAAAAUGCGUCAUGACACUUGUCUACCUAGAAACUAAUAAGUGUUUGUUGGAAAACUCAUUUUCCUCUAAC